AUGCAGCGUAAAAAUUGUCUGUUCGAACGAUUGGGAUCAAAGCAUCAAACGCCCCAGAUGCUGUUCAAGAAAUCGGAAUUCGGGCAGGUGGAGUAUAAUGUGCCGGCAGAUAGGUUGCCUCAGUUCAAUUUCUUCCCUAAAAGUCUGUGCGACAGUGAAAUACGUAACUCCUCGUUCUUCGCGACGCCACCGAUGGAAAAAAAGCCCGUCGUGACGCCGAAAGCGCCGGUGAAAAACAAAAAAGAAUCCAAAAGGGCGGACCUGAAGCCGAAAAGGUUGCAGUACACUGAGGAGGAGCUGGACAAUGACUACAAGCGAAAUGGCACAGACACUGUGUCUGAAAAGUCGGGCAACAUGUUGCUUUGCAAACAUGACACAGUAAAAUGUAAUAGUGUCGAUAUGACGCGGAAACAGAUCACUAGAUCACACACAAAGCUAGACAAAAUUAAGACACAAACUAAUGACAAAGAGAACGACAGUAAUGCUAUAGAUAAUAAUUCGAGGAAUCCGUCGAACGUUAGGAAUAAUUUAACACUGGAAUCGACUAUAGUAUUUGAUUCUCACUCUGAGAAACUGUCUCAAAGCAGCGACCUUUUAGAUUGGAAAGGUAAAUUGCAUUGGCUGCAGGCUAGAAGAGACGUUGGUAUGUGGAUUCAGUGCGAUAGAAACAAUUGUAAGAAAUGGAGAUAUGUUGAAGACUAUCAUGACCCAGUAGAUGUACCAAACAUUUGGUACUGCAGUAUGAACUCUGAUAAGUCAAUAGCAUCUUGUGCUAUUCCAGAAGUGCCUAAAACAUCUGCAAUAGAGGCUGAUUUAAUUGAAAAUUGCUAUAACGCUGGUAGCAUUGUGUGGGCUCAUAUUUGUGGGUUUCCAUGGUGGCCUGCAAUAGUUUGCGAUAGUCCUGAAACAUUUCAGUACUAUAAAUUACGUAAAAAUUCUGCCAUACCCAGUCAAUAUUUUGUCACAUUCUUCAAUGAUAAACUUGAAUGCGCGUGGAUUCGCAAACACAACCUUAAAUCAUUUGCAAAAACCAAAUAUAGCACACUUAUCACCAAGACGAAGUUUGGUAAAGUUGACUACAAAAGUGCCCUGGACAAAGGAUAUGAAACUGCUUUAAAUGCUCUUUCAUUGUCCAUCUCUAAGAGAUUGCAAAAAUUUAGUUUUCUGGCAUUAUAUGAAAAAUUGUACGAUGUUAAUAACAACACAAAUGAGCCAGCCGACACGACAGAAGAUAAAAUGGAGACGAAUUCCGACGACGAAAUACCUCCCACGAAUCCUCCGAAUUCUCUUUCGCUAAAGGAUUAUUAUUUCACCAUACUGCGCAAAAUGCAAGACUACAAGAGUCUUCGAUAUUAGUACAUCAAAAGAAACGUCUCAUUUUCCGUAUAAAUUACCUGGAACCAUGGCCAACACCACCGAAAGUCCGGCGGUUGUAAUGGGACGGCGUUCGUCAGGGAUAAUGGUGCCCGGUCUCGAUAUGCGAAAGAAUGCGAGCCCGCGUCCGGUUGCAGCAGUCGUUCCUAAAUGUGUCUUUGAAAUGCGUCCCGAGUUGAGGUUCUCUAAAUGCGACUUUAACGACCACCACGAGGAACACGAGCGAGUAGAACGGGGAACGACGACCUGCACGGAUUCGGGCGCGGUCAAUGCCGUCUAGAUGCUCUCGCUAUUACUAUCCGGACCGCCUGGUAUUUUCGUCAUGGCCUACUAAUACACUCCGCAAAUUCUCGCCCUGCCACGGGGGCCGGUGCUCGACGAUGACGUGGUCAAGGAAAUAUGCCGAUCGCGGUUCGUGUCACUGGCCCUGAUGGCCAAUUCCUUUCCCCUUCGUUUUCUUUCGUUUCUCGUUUUACUCCUUGAAAACGAGCCAACUCUAGACGCAUCCUCGUCGCACGCACUUACGCGCGCGUUAAAAACCUUUCGCGAAUCGUCGAUCGUUCCGAGGAAAAUCAAGAUCAUCCAGGAAUUUGAGAUCGUCAUCUUAUCGGAAACGCUUUAGCUGUAUCAACGCCGAAUGUUACUUCACCCUCGAAUGCAUUCGGAUGCAAAUUCUUCUAUUAUACGUUUCUACAUCUUCUCUUUUUGAGCUGAGAAAUAUUUGUAACAGGAUGAUCUCGCGGUUGUUCUUCGGACUCUAGCUCAUCUCUGCCCCUUGAGUAGGCAAUCCUGCCAUCAAGUACUCCCUUAUCCUCUAUGUUCUUAAACUCGUCCUAAUUCUUUGUGUACUUCGUUCAUCACAUGCACAAGAUCUACGGUCCAGUUACGAAUUUCAACAAUUAAUAUUAACUAAACCUAUCGUUCUGGUCGAAAUGACCGAUUUUACAUUUCUUCUUUUAACUCUUAGACCGGAGUCGUGAUAGAUCCCAAGUAACAGGCGAAAACAAAUGUGUUAAUUUAAUUCUAGAUAAACAUUGCAUUAAAUUUUAUUCUUAGCUAGAAUCUUAACAAAUUGUUACUACGAAAUGAAAUACAAAUAUCGUGUUAUAUCGGUGAAA